AUGGUCGGUUCGUCGGACACAUUGCCUGAUUUAAAACAUGUAGAUGUAACCGAUGUGACUAAUGAAGUUAAAAACAAUGAAAAAUCUGAAAAUAAUGAAGUAAUGAAUGAAGUAAAUGAAUUGUACAAUGAGUUGGAAGAAUUGUAUGACUCAUUGACAAACAAUUGUGUUCUAAGGAGCAAUACCGAAUGUGUUGGUAAUAACACACCUAUGGGAAGUGAAUUCCCACUUUCUAACAAUUUUAACUCCUGUUUAAAACCUGACGAUAGAAUAAACGAGCUUUAUUUUAAUAAAUUAAACGAGAAGAACAAAUUGAUAUACUGUAACAAUAAACUGAAUGAAAUAAAGUCACUUUUAGAGGGAGAGAAUGAACCGGAACAGGUAGUUAAGAAGAACGGGGUGGCUUGGGAGAUUGACGACAAUUAUUUGAAACAAUUUGAACUAAAGAUGAAUAUUAAGAACCAGGAAGAUUUAAUCAAUUGUAGACUAAACAACAUCAACCACAACAAAUUGGUACUUUCAGAUUAUUACAAACUACAUCAGAUGAGCAAAAAUAACCCAACCCCUGAUCUUCAUCCGCCUAGUAAACAGAAUUCUAUUGUUGUUAAUGAUGUUAGGGAUAAUAAUUUAAUUCAAACUAAUAUUAAACGUCUUAACACUGCUCCAAAUUUUAUUAAUACUGUUCCCGUUCCCCUCAAACACCCCAAUUUAACUCCAGUUAAUACUGCUAAGAAUAAUACAACUCCUAUUAUAGUUAACCAACCUCAAAACCCAAACCAUAAAUUAACCAAUGGCCUAAUAGUAAGAAAUAAACUUAACAAUUUGACCGUAUUGAAUAGGGUAAAUAAUGAUAAUAUGGUAUACGUUAGAGGAAACAUUAGGUACAAGCCUAACCAGCCUCCCUAUAUUAAUUGUAACCUACAAUUUCAUCCUCCCGUCUCCAAUAAUCUUUCUGCUGACAAGGUUUUAAACAGAAAAGAAUCUGUCGAUACCAAGCACUCAAAUAAUCUUGAUAGCCAACAUGUGACUACUCCUGAUUCUGAACAUGAAAUGCCCAAUUGUUCAGAUUACUACAAGUUUAAUACAAUAGACGAUUUAAUAAAAUACGAAAAUGAUCAAUAUUAUGGCAAUUCUAUGGGACCUUUGCCUGUAAUAAACGACCAUAAUGAAGGUAAAUUAUCUAACGAUAAAAAGGUAAAAAUGUGUAAACAUAGAAAGAAAAGGAAGAGGCAUAGUAUUCACUGUAAGUAUUAUAAAGGUGGAAGCAGCAUAAGUACUGAUACAAGUAUAGAAAAUGAUGAAAUCCGUGCCAACGGCGAAGUAUUUUACAAUACAAGGGUCAUUUACACCUAA